GUGACACAGUGACAAUAUUGCUACAGGAGCCUAACUUUGUGUCUGAUCUGCAGACAUCAUACAUGCCAUCUAUUCCCGUCUGCGCGAGCCUCUGCAGCCUUGCACAUCAGACGAGUCCCGCCUCUUUGAGACCCAAACGGACUGUGUAAAGGAGACACCAACCAACCACCCGUAGAGGCUGGAAAAUCCCUCCGGACAUCAUCACCGGAGAGCAUCACUCCGCAUCUCGACGCCGGUCGUCUGUCUGUCUGUGUCGGGUGUCAGGUGGACGGAUCAGCUUCCGGGCGGGACUCGGCAGCCAACUGGAGGAGUUACAGUUUGGAUGUCAGUGAGUGAAACGUCUAUAUGGAAACAAAAUCGGGAACACGGGUUAUAGCGUGUAUAGACUCGGUUAUUGCCACUGUACAGAGCAGAUCAAGCGCUUAAGGAAGUGAGUUUGUGCUGUGGUGACACCUUACAGGCUGAUCAGCAGCAUGACAGACAUGAAGCUGCUGGACAAAGUUAAAAAUCUAACAGGCAACUGCGUCAAGUAGUCUGCCGCGACCGGACUGCAACCAUGUAGUCCCCUUUUAGUCAUGCAUUCAGAGCAGAGGAUAUACUGUUUGCAGAUGUCACGCAGGACACUUUGAAGAGUAGGCUGUGAGGAAACAGGACUGAGACAGGUUUAUUUGCGCUCCUGGUCCCGUCCGCGCCGUUUGCAGCUCCUGCCUCUCCAAGCAAACAUGGCAAGACUACGGAGGAAAGCUUGUAUAGCUCUGUUUCUUUUCACGCUAUUCAUCUUCGGGACCAUGAUGGGACUGAGGACCCUGAAGCCCAGUGACGGCUUCUCGGAUCUGGCUCCGGGUUUGGAGCUGCUGCCGAUGAUAGCCGGGAAGACGGACCGGCGCUCCGUGUCCCGUGACGCCACCGCGUCCCCGGGUCAAGCCCACCCAGCCGGCAGCAACACCAAAGCAGUUCUGUCCAACACCGGCCCCGAGGGGACCAUAUUUUACGAUGUUCAUAUCUUUUACUACACCUGGUACGGCAACCCACACAUGGACGGCAAGUAUAUCCACUGGGACCACAUCCUGGUUCCACACUGGGACCCCAAAAUCGCAUCCAGUUACCCGAGAGGGAGACACAUGCCGCCCGAGGACAUCGGCUCCAGCUUCUACCCCGAGCUCAAUCCGUACAGCUCCAGGGACCCGGACGUGUUGGAGUCCCACAUGGAGCAGAUCGGAGCCUCUGCUGCAGGGGUUCUGGUCCUGUCCUGGUAUCCUCCUGGCCUGGCUGACGACAAUGGGGAACCCGCUGAGGAUUUGGUACCAUCUGUACUAGAUGCUGCGUAUAGACACAACCUCAAGGUUGCAUUUCACAUCCAACCAUACAGAGGACGAAACGACCAGAGUGUGCAUGACAAUAUCAAGUAUAUCAUUGACAGGUACGGAGACCAUGGAGCCUUCUACAAGUUUACUACCAGCACAGGGAAGAGUCUUCCUCUAUUUUAUAUCUAUGACUCCUACCUGACUCCUCCAGAGUCCUGGUCUGAAUUCUUGACUCCCACCGGUUCCCACAGUGUGCGUGGCUCUGCCUAUGACGCCAUCUUCAUUGCCCUGAUUGUGGAGGAGCGCCACAAGCACGACAUCCUCGCAGGCGGCUUCGAUGGCAUGUACACUUACUUCGCUUCCAACGGUUUCUCCUUCGGCUCUUCUCACCAGAACUGGAAGGCCAUCAAAGCCUUUUGUGACGGCAACAAUCUCCUCUUCAUCCCCAGUGUCGGACCUGGUUAUAUUGACACCAGCAUCCGGCCGUGGAACAACCACAACAUGCGCAACAGGGUGAACGGUCGUUACUACGAGACAGCCUUGCAGGCGGCGCUGAAUGUGAGGCCGGAGAUCGUCACCAUCACGUCUUUUAAUGAGUGGCACGAGGGGACGCAGAUAGAGAGGGCAGUGCCUAAAAAGACGGUGACCCGUGUGUACUUGGACUAUCAGCCGCAUGGACCCGAUCACUACCUGGAGUUGACCCGGCGCUGGGCGGAGCAGUUCAACAAAGAGAAGGAGCAGUGGCUCAUGUGAGCUCUCAUCAAAGUGACUUGAAACAGCAUGCUCUAGUGGUAGUGUGUGUGCACAUGAAAGGGAAAGAACAAAAGAGAGGGAGUGAAUGUAGAGAUUGAUCAAUACAGAUGUGUGUGUGAGAACAUGCUUUUACCUUUAACUGGACCGGAUGUGAGAGUUUCUGCGAGUGUGUGCAUACUUUUGUACACACAUGCUGAUCUGCAAGAACAGGACGGUCGGCGGUGUGACUUCUCUCCGUUGAGUUUCUGGGGAGUUUCCAUUGAGCUGUAAAAGGCCGAAUCUGGUGUUCGUCCACUUGAUGCAAUUUAAUGAACGAUUGUCUCAAACACACUGAGAAAACGGUCAUCACAUGAGAGCCUCAUUUCCUUCUCUGCAGCUAAAGAAUAGUAUCCAUUACAGUAGCCAGACACUCCUAAGGUUUCGCUUUCAUCGAUCAAACUGAAUGAGACACUAAUUUUGAUCCUCCCUUUACUCAAGAGCUCAUUGAAGCUGUGAUGAUAUGGUGCUUUAAAAACAGUAAGUAGGGGUGAGGCAUGCAAGUGUACAGUUUAGCAUUUUGGGCAAUACAUUAAUUCACUUUCUGGCAGACAGUUGAUUGAUACUACUUUCACAUCUGUCUGUUAAAUAUGAAGCUACAGACAGUUAGCAUAGCUUAGCAUUAAGACUGGAAACAGUCACAAAAGUUAUUGACCUGCAGUUCUAAGGAUAUUUUAUUAACCCAUUAUACCUCAUUUGUUAGUCCCUACAAAAACCGAUGUGUAAAAAUGACAUAUUGUAGUUUAAUGACAAUUUCUGACCUUCUGGAGUCCGCUGGUUUCCUGGCAACCAUGCUGCUACGUCUAUCCUCUCUAACUCUCAGCAAGAAAGGGAAUAUGUUUAUUUGCCAAUAGGUCAAAUUUUGCUGUAAGAGUCAAAUGUUGUGUGAUUUUGAAUGACGGUUUUGUAUCAUUUCAGAUUUUUUUUAAUUCUGUCAAAAAAGCUGCAGAAGUGAAACCCCACUUCUGAAACUUCAGAAAAGUAUAAUAGUUGGCAAGUAAAACAAAAUACACUUCAAGUAUUUAUAUAUUAUAGCAUGCAGAUUAGCUCUGCUCCUCUCCACAUAGAGGUGUUCAGGUUCAGAGGGUCAAUCAAUUGGGAAAAUAACGCAAGUCAGACAGGCUUUUGAAGUGUUCAUUCAUUUUCCAUAGCGCUUAUCCUGUUGGGGGUCGUGGGGGUGCUGGAGAAUAUCCUAGCUGACAUUGGGUGAGAGGCAGGGUACACCCUGGACAGGUUGCCAGACUAUCACAGGGCUGACACAUAAAGACAGACGACCACGCGCGUGCUGUGAAUCCACCACAUUCACACCAACUAAUUUAGAGUCGCCAAUUAACCUAACCUAACCUUCAUGUCUUUGGACUGUGGGAGGAAGCCAGAGCAUCUGGAGAAAACCCACCCUGACACAGGAAGAACAUGCAGGGGGGUUCAAACCAGGAACCCUCUUGCUGUGAGGCGACAAUGCUAACCCCUGCACCCCCGUGUCGCCCCUUCUGAAGUGUAUUUAAGCUAAACUUGGCCUUGAAGUUGUAAAAAGUUCUUUAAGUUCUUCCUCUAUUCAUCUGAAUUUCGUUGUAAUUCUCUUAAUGGAAAGAAGCCAUGUUGAUCGUGGGCACACAUUAACUUCAUUCACCUCAGUAAAAACAACAGAAUCAGGUGUUAAGUGUGAAGGAAGGGCUCAGGGUUUUGGAGUGGCUGUAUGAAUAAAAAUGUACCACUUACCGGAGCACUCUGUUAUAUGGAUUCCUGUGGUUUAGAUUGGAUGAAAUCCUGCUGUCUAUUAAAGUAAAAGCUACUUUCAGACAGACAUAUUUGAGAAUAAAAGUAUGCUCUUUGGUUGUGAA